AUGAAAGCUGCUAUCGCACUCAUCUUCUUCGCCUGUGUUGCUGGUUCAAUGGCUACCGAUGCUCGUGGUCAAAUGUUGGACCAACUUUUAUCACAAGGACAAGUUGUUAUGCAAUCAACCAUGAGUAUUCUUCAAGCUCACCUCUCGACCAUUGUUUCACAAGCUCUCGGUCAACUCACAGGUCUUCUUGCUUCAAUCGGCGGUCGAUUUGACAUCAGUACCAUAUUUGCCCAAUUCCAACCACUCCUUGCUUCAGCCGCCCAAGGUCUUCUUGAUCAACUUAUGGGUAGUCUUUCAGGACUCAUGGGUGGUCGUAUCUUCGGUGAUAUUUCAGCCAUGUUCACUGAAUUUCUUGGUCAAAUCACAACACCACUCCUUGCCAUUGGUCAAACACUCUUAAACCAAGGUUUAUCAGCUGUUGUUGGUUCAUUAGCUGGAUCACGUUUUCUUGGUGACUUCAUGAGUCAAAUUACAAGCCAAAUGGCUGCUGCUGUCUCAGCUGCUCAAAAUGUUAUCUCAACAGCUGUUUCAGGUCUUAGUGGUGUUCUUUCAGGUGUUGUUGAUGCUUCAAAACCACAUUUAGCUGAUCUCCAAAACCAAUUGAUGGGUCAUGGUAUGAAUGUUCUCGGUUCACUCUC